AUGAAAAAUCCUCUGAGUAAAGAGUACUGGACAGAAGUCGUCGAUGGCUUUAGACCAGCCGAGAUCGGGAACCAAACGACAAACAACAAUGACAGUGGUAGUGAAAUGGAAUUAACAACAGACCCUACUAUAUCUGACUUACCUGCUGGUGAGAGUAGUGCGUUUUCUCAGACUGAGAAGAAAUUAUCAGCAACAACAACAUCACACCUAUUUCAUGGUGACUCCAAAGAUGGUCUACGUUUGACUCAAACUACUAACGACGUUACAUCUACGGCAACUCACGAGAAACUAAAGGAUGUUGGAAUGAACAAAGACCUAGAUGUGCGUCAUUUAAUUACACUAGCUGUAGGUGGUGCUAUUGGUACGGGUUUAUUUGUUAACUCUGGUGCCUCAUUGACUACAGGUGGCCCGGCUUCAUUAGUCAUCGGAUGGGUCAUCAUUUCUACCUGUCUUUUCACUGUUAUUAAUGCACUUGGUGAACUUGCGGCUGCUUUUCCUAUUGUCGGUGGUUUUAAUGUGUAUAUCACAAGAUUUGUUGACCCUGCACUAGGGUUUUCCAUUAAUAUCAAUUAUUUAGCUCAAUGGUUAGUCUUAUUACCAUUAGAACUUGUUGCAGCUUCAAUUACUAUCAGAUACUGGAACGAAGAAAUUAAUUCAGAUGCUUGGGUUGCAAUCUUUUACACUGUUAUUGGUUUGGCCAACAUGUUGGAUGUCAAAUCCUUCGGUGAAACCGAAUUUGUAUUAUCAAUGGUGAAAAUUCUUGCCAUUAUUGGAUUUACCAUCCUGGGUAUUGUAUUAACCUGUGGUGGUGGUCCAAAAGGUGGAUUUCUAGGUGGUAAAUAUUGGCAUAACCCUGGGGCUUUUGUAGGGCAUAGCUCUGGCUCAAAAUUUAAAGGUUUGUGUUCAGUGUUUGUUACGGCUGCAUUUUCUUAUUCAGGUAUUGAAAUGACUGCUGUGUCAGCUGCAGAAUCAAAAAAUCCAAGAGAAACUAUUCCAAAGGCUGCUAAGAGAACUUUUUGGUUGAUUACAGCAUCAUAUGUUACCAUUUUAACACUUGUUGGUUGUCUGGUUCCUUAUAACGAUGCAAGGUUGUUGAAAGGUACUUCUUCGGUCGAUGCUGCUUCAUCACCUUUAGUUAUUGCCAUAGAAAAUGGUGGUAUUAAAGGUCUACCAUCCUUGAUGAACGCUAUCAUCCUAAUUGCUAUUAUCUCGGUUGCAAAUAGUUCCGUUUAUGCUUGUUCUAGAUGUAUGGUUGCCAUGUCCCACAUUGGUAAUAUUCCAAAGAUGUUUAGUCGUGUUGAUAAAAAGGGUAGACCAUUGAAUGCAAUUUUAGCAACAUUAUUCUUUGGGUUGCUAUCUUUCAUUGCUGCUAGUGACAAACAAGAAGAAGUCUUCACAUGGCUAAGUGCAUUGUCUGGUUUAUCAACAAUUUUCUGUUGGAUGGCCAUUAAUCUAUCGCAUAUUAGAUUCAGACAAGCUAUGGUUGCACAAAACAUAUCCUUAGAUGAACUUCCAUUCAUCUCGCAAACUGGUGUCUGGGGUUCAUGGUAUGGUUUCGUUGUUCUUUUCCUAGUUUUGAUAGCAUCGUUCUGGACUUCAUUGUUCCCUGUUGGUGGUUCUGGUGCAGACGUUGAGUCCUUCUUUGAAGGUUAUUUGUCAUUCCCAAUCCUAAUUGCUUGCUACUUUGGUCACAAGCUAUGGUUCAAGAGGAAACAACUCAUGGUGAAUCUAGAUGAAAUGGAUCUAAUCUCAAACAGAAGACCAGUUGAUCUUGAGUUGCGUCGCCGCGAGAUGGCUCUGGAGAAGGAAGCACUUGCCAAACGUUCGUUCUGGUUCAGGUUCCUCCACAUCUGGUGUUAG